AGUUUCAUGUAUGACUCAUAGGCUGAAGCACAGACACCACUUCCCCAAUCUACAGGAGCCAUUUUAACAGCAUAAAACUUGCCGGAUUGCUUUUUAUUUUCAAGCCCAAAGGACAAAAAGAGAACGGGAAUAUUUGAAGGAAAGGCAUAGCCGACAUUUUACCAGUUCAGCUCUGAGCCAUUGGCUAUCAUCUUUGUUUGCAUCUUGCAGGUUUAAUAAACCUCUGAGCCAAGAAGCUCUAGAGAAGAAAAAUUUCAGAAAAAUUGCCUCUGUUUGACUAAAAUAUCAGUGAACCAAGAAACUCUGAAGCACCAUCCCUAAAGAAAACCUGGUUUACAGUAACUUCACAGACUUAGCUGAGGGUUUUUUACCCAAAUUGGUCACUGGAUUCUGCUGCCUCAUACUUGAACCUGCUUGGAAUUUCUCUCAUGUGGAUCUAAGGGGAAUGCUUUAUUAUGGCUGCUGUUGUCCAACAGAACGACCUAGUAUUUGAAUUUGCUAGUAACGUCAUGGAGGAUGAACAACAGCUUGGUGACCCAGCUAUUUUUCCUGCUGUAAUUGUGGAACACGUUCCUGGUGCUGACAUUCUCAAUGGUUACGCGGGUCUAGCCUGUGUGGAAGAGCCCAAUGACAUGAUUACUGAGAGCUCCCUGGAUGUCGCUGAAGAAGAGAUCAUAGAUGAUGAGGACGAUGACAUCACGCUUACAGUUGAAGCAUCCUGUCCUAACGGGGAUGAAACGAUCGAAACUAUCGAGGCUGCUGAGGCACUACUCAAUAUGGAUUCUCCUGGCCCAAUGCUGGAUGAAAAACGAAUAAAUAAUAACAUAUUUAGUUCGUCUGAAGAUGACAUUGUUGUUGCCCCAGUCACCCAUGUAUCCGUCACAUUAGAUGGGAUUCCUGAAGUGAUGGAGACUCAGCAGGUUCAAGAGACAUACGCAAACUCACCAGGAGCAUCAUCACCAGAACCACCUAAAAGGAAGAAAGGGAGAAAAACAAAGCCUCCACGACCAGAUUCCCCGGCCACUACGCCAAACAUAUAUGUGAAGAAGAAAAACAAAGAUGGUAAGGGAAACACAAUUUAUCUCUGGGAGUUUUUACUGGCACUGCUCCAGGACAAAGCUACUUGUCCUAAAUAUAUCAAAUGGACCCAGCGAGAAAAAGGCAUUUUUAAACUGGUAGAUUCCAAAGCCGUAUCCAGGUUGUGGGGGAAGUACAAAAACAAACCCGACAUGAAUUACGAGACCAUGGGAAGAGCUCUCAGGUACUAUUACCAAAGGGGUAUCCUAGCAAAAGUAGAAGGUCAACGCUUGGUGUAUCAAUUUAAGGAGAUGCCGAAAGAUCUUAUUUAUAUAGACGAUGAGGACCCAGGUUCCAGCAUCGACUCUGCGGAUCCAUCACUGUCUUCAGCAGCCACUUCAAGUAGGAACCAAGCAAGCAGAUCGAGAGUAUCCUCAAGUCCGGGGAUAAAGGGAGGAGCCACUACAGUUCUCAAACCAGGGAAUCCUAAAGCUACAAAACCCAAAGAUCCUGUGGAAGUUGCGCAGCCGUCAGAAGUCCUGAGGACAGUGCAGCCCACAGCAUCUCCGUACCCUACCCAGCUCUUCCGGACUAUUCAUGUCGUCCAGCCAGUACAGGCUGUCCCAGAAGGAGAAGCAAGCACCACCAGUAGUGUGCAGGACGAAACGUUAAAUUCCUCUGUUCAGAGUAUUAGGACUCUACACGCUCCAGCCCAAGUUCCAGUGGUCGUGUCUCCUGGGAAUCAACAUUUGCAUACAGUAACACUCCAGACUGUGCCAAUCACAACAGUGAUAGCCAGCACAGAUCCAUCUUCGGGUGCUGGGUCUCAGAAGUUCAUUCUACAAGCCAUUCCAUCAUCACAGCCCAUGACAGUAUUGAAAGAAAAUGUCAUGCUGCAGUCCCAGAAGCCGGGCUCCCCUCCUUCCAUCGUCCUGAGCCCUGCGCAUGUGCAGCAGGUUCUUACCAGCAACGUCCAGUCCAUCUGCAAUGGCACCGUCACUGUGGCUUCAUCUCCGUCCUUCAGUGCUACGACUCCUGUGGUGACCUUUUCUCCUCGAAGUUCACAAAUCGUUGCCCACCCACCCGGCACGGUCAUCACGUCAGUUAUCAAAGCUCAAGACACAAAAACACUCGUAGAGGAAGCGGAGAAAAAGGAAGCCGAAGAUAAUUUGAAAGAAGACAGUGAGAAAACUGAACAGCCACAGCCUUAUGUGAUGGUGGUAUCCAAUUCCAGUGGAUUUACCUCUCAGGUAGCUAUGAAACAAAAUGAAUUGCUGGAACCCAACUCUUUUUAAUAAAUACGCCAAAGGAAUUGUGGAUGAUUGUUUUUUAAUUGAACAUUUUCAGUUGCCUGCAAACUCUCUGGUUGAUUCUAAGAGGAAUUCUACAGAUGUUCCUAAUUUUUUAGCUCAUUGUUAAAAAUAUUAAUUUAGAGUUAAUGUUGACUUUGUUAGAUGAGGGAGGGAACCCCAGUGUUCCUCUUUGUUCUCCAAAUGUUUCAGAAUUCAAUUGUGAAGGAACAGGAAUUUUGUACUAUGAAGUCCUUCUUUUCAGAUUUUUUCUCAGUUGCUAUAUCGUAAACAUUUUUAAAGUUUCUUUUUUAAUUUUUACAUGGUAUUAGCUUUUCUGAUUCUUUUGUAAAUACAGUACUUCAAUAUAAGGCAACAGGAAAUUUAUGUAGGAACUAUUUUCAUUCCAUUUGUGUAAGUUAAAGUCUUGACUCUUUCAAAUGCAAGACUCCUAUUUUCUAUUUUGUUAAAAUUAUGAUUUCACUUAGAUUGAUGUUAGUUGGUUGCACUGUAUAAGGAAAUAUGAAUAUGUAAAAAAAAAUGAAAAAUUGGAAAAUGUCCAUGAUAUGGCUGAACCUUACUUCAGAAGCAGAAUGGUACAAAAGCCAUCAGCCCUUU